AUGUUUCGUACAAUGAUACUACUCAACACGAUGGAUCGUAUCAUGUAUGAAUCACAGCGCCAAGGUCGAAUUUCGUUCUAUAUGACCAAUUAUGGAGAGGAAGCCGCACAAGUGGGUUCUGCUGCCGCUUUCAAAGAGAGCAAGUUGAAAUAUGAGCACACACCCACAAAUACUUAUCGUGAAGCUGGUGUGCUGUUGUGGCGAGGUUUCACCCUAGAACAAAUGAUGGACCAGUGCUAUUCGAACGCUGGAGACGUGAACAAGGGUCGCCAGAUGCCCAUACAUUAUGGAUCACCGGAGCUAAAUUUCUCUACCAUCUCUUCGCCUUUAGCCACACAAAUUCCCAUCGGUGAGUUUGAGAAGUGA